AUGUAUUCGCAAGAGAUUCUGUGUUUUGUGCUUUAUCUACUCGGAGCUCAGAGCUUUUAUUUGUCGGUCUCCAUUACGCGGGAUGAGGAACCAAAUUUGGAUUACAUGAACGGAACGCUUGGUUCUAGCAUUAAGAUGCACUGCAACAGACAG